AUGCCACCAGUUAAAAGACUUGAGAAUAUUUUCACAGCCCAACAUCGAAGUGAUCCGGAGCGGAGGUAUCACACCGUAGAUUUGUAUGCUAUUUGGUGUGCCAAAUCGUUUAUGUUAAAUCACUCUGCUGAACUGAAUCCAUUUCAAACGAAAUAUUUUCUGUGGAUUGAUGCCGGCGCAUUUCGCGACUCUCGAUAUCGUUUCACACAGUGGCCUGAUGCACAACGUGUUCGAGAUAUAUUUAAGAAUGAAGACAAACUUUUACUCGGUCUAAUUAAUCCACUGAGAAGACGUUACUGCACAUCAAAUAACUCAUCGGUCAAAUAUAAUUUAGAAGUGGGGCCGAUUAAGCAGGACCUGAUUGAAGGUGGCUUUAUUGCGGGGAACAAGAAUAUCAUCCAAUGGUGGACAAAUCUGUUUUAUGAAACACUUGAUGCGUUUGUUAGAAAAGGACAUUUUAUUGGUAAAGACCAGUAUGCAAUGAAUGCAAUUGCACUAUCGCAUCCUCACCUGAUAAAAGGUAUGCUAUCGUUCAGAUUCCCAUGUGCUAAUGCUUGGUUUGCAUUUGGACCGAUUCUGGCCAAUCAAACCGAUCGAGCUCAGUGGUUUGGAAAACGAAAAGACUGUAAUGUAGAAAAUGUGACCGCUGUAGUUUUGCCAAUGAGCAGCGUUUGCUUUGACUCAAAGAAUGUGGUAUGA